GGACGCGAUGGCGCCGGCGGUCGAUGUGCGGCAGGGCGGCCUCCCUCUUGGUCUUGUGGGCGACGUCCUGCUGCUGCUUGCUCCGGGUGAGGGCGUGGCGGAUGGUGGCACGAUGGUCGCCAGGGUGGAACGGAGCCUUGCCUUGGACGGACUUGGAGACCACCUUGGUGCUCGCGCGGGAAGCGGGGUAGGCGGCUGCGGCACGGUCGAGAGGGUCACGUAUGCCGGUGCCGCCAUGCCGGGCAGGCAGCAGCAUCAGGUCGACCUCGGACGGCGUCACAGGGCCGCCGAGGAGGGCCGGCAGCAGCUCCUUGGCGAUGGCCUCGCGGAGGGGGCUGAGAGCGCACUCGUCGGUGAGCACGACACGAAAGACGUAGUCCCACUCCAUCUGCAGAGACCUCGUCAUUGCCGCGUGGGCCGUGUGUGGGAAGUUGCGGGCAGCAGACGUGAGCGCGCGCACGCCGCGCACCCACCCCUCGACCUUCUCGCAGAGGAACGCCGCCCUUCCCCCCUCAUCGCCCACGUAGCCGCCCAGGAACCUCUUGCCCGUGACGAUCUGCACCCCCUCGGGCUCGAAGAGUUCCCUUGCGAUCUGCUCGAGCUCGGGUUUGACGACGAGGAAGGACUUGGCGGUCUCUGGGUGAUAGCCGUAUGAGGGACCGAUGCGACGCAGGGCUCGAAACCACACGAGGAUGCCGAGCAU